CACCAACGCGCCAAGUAAUGCACUUGCUAAACACUCCACAUUGACUCGUCACCUUCUAGUACGCUAGUACUCUCUCUCUCUCUCUCUCCAUCACUUGACAUCCUCACCUUCUUUCCUCCCUUCAAUGCUCUUUCAUUUUCCUACUCAUUCUCUCGCUCUCUUUCCCUCUCCUCUGAAUCACCCCCCAUUCAUUCAUUCAUUAAUAUUCAUUCAUUCAUUCCAAAACCUAACAACCACCCAAUAUGGCGGUCGACGACGACAUGUGCAGCGACGGAAUGCAAUGCACAGACCACCCUUACCGCACCACCUCCCCCAGCGGAGGGAUCUGCGCGUUUUGCCUUCAAGACAAACUCGGUAAACUCGUCUCCACCUCUUCAUCUUCCUUCCUCUUUAACUCCUCUUCUUCCUCCCCUUCUUUCAGAUCUGACCUCCCUUCCUCCGCCGCAACCACCUCACUCUCCAUCUCCAUCCCCACCGCUUCCAACACCAUUCUCGCCAACACUACAAAUAGUCGCAAUCACAACCAUCACCAUCAUUAUAAUCAACAUCGUCAUAAUAAUACUAUUAAUCAUCUUCAAAAAGAUCAUUCUACUACUACUAGUAGGCCCCGCAUACCUUUUCUACUCACUCAAAAGAAAAAGAAGAAAGCUCUUGGUCUUGUUCCUCCUUCAGAUGAUGUCCAGUCUUCUUCUUUCUCCGCUAAUAAUUCUGUGCUCAAGAGAAGUAAAUCAUCUGCUACCCCUCGAUCUGCUCGCUUUCUAGAAGAUUUCAGCCCGAGAAGAAGAGGGUUUUGGUCUUUCCUUCACAUCUCCAACACCCACCACAAAAAACCCACAACGAUUGUCACUCCUUCGGCUACAACAACCGCGCCGCCGGAAAAUACGACGGAGGCGGCGACGUCAGCGGCGGUGGUUGUGAUGGAUGAGACGGAUGAGAGUCCGAAUAGUAGCGGAGGAGCGAGUAAUACGGCGUCGUUUGGGAGAAAAGUGUCUAGAUCUAGAUCUGUAGGAUGUGGUAGUAGGAGUUUUUCAGGGGAUUUUUUCGAGAGGAUUUCGACUGGGUUUGGCGAUUGCACGCUCCGGCGCGUGGAGUCGCAUCGAGAAGGGAGUAAACACCGACACUCAACCUCACGCGCCGCCGGGGAUACCGUUCGGGAGAAAGUCCGGUGCGGUGGUUUAUUCGGCGGACUUAUUGUUACUUCCUCUUCUUCAUCGACAACUUCGUCGUCUUCGUCGUAUUGAGGGGCUGGAGAUGGACGGCCUAAUGGGCCGACAGUGACUCCUGCUGGGCCGCUUGUUCAUGGGCGGAGUCGGAGUUGGGGGUGGGCUUUUGCUAGCCCAAUGAGGGCAUUUGCGAAACCGACUACGACUCGGUAUGAUAGUAGAGGGGAGCCUGGUGGUGGUGGUGGUCGUGGUGAUGGGAGUGUUAAGAUUAGUAAUGGAACGCCUAAUUUGGCUGCCAUUCCAUCUUUAUUAUCAAUAAGAGGUUAACAUUUAUUUAACAAAUUUAAUUUGGUAGUUUUAUUUUGUAUUGUUUCAUUUAUAAUGUGUAUUAUUAUUAUUAUGUCUAUUAUGGUAAUUUCUGAUGAUAUUUUGUUAGUAGUAAAAUGUUACACUCUUGAAUUUUGGGUAUAAAUUGUAUGUUAUGGGAAAAAAUUUAGAUUCA